GCUGAGUCCUGGAGCCGAGCUGAGGAGCCCUGGGGAGUCUCAAAGUUUGUGUCUGGAGCGGUAUUGGAGAGCGGGCUUAUUGCAAAGGGAGUUUCCUGGGAUGAGAGCUGACCGCCUGCCUUCAUUCUGGGUGCACACCCCGCUUUAAUCCUCGCAGCCGUGGGUGCGAGCCCUGGACGGCCUGUGUCCCCCGGGUUUCUCAGAUCUCCGAGGACACCAGACGGGAGCCCGUGGCUCUUCUCUCUCCGGCAAAGGAGCAAACGUUUUCCUUCCUAAGUGCACAAGCUACACACGCACGCUCGCGCGCACACGCACGCGGAGGGAGAGGAAUCUCGCCGGUCCGAGGCGGCUCUGCCGGUCCUCUCCUGCCCUCCGCAUCCUCGCCCCGCGCGGCCCCGACCACCAUGGAGGUGCUGGAGACCGGGGAGCAGGGCGUCCUGCAGUGGGACCGCAAGCUGAGCGAGCUGUCAGAGCCGGGGGACACCGAGGCCCUCAUGUACCAUACGCACUUCUCAGAACUUCUGGAUGAGUUUUCCCAAAACGUCUUGGGUCAGCUGCUGAAUGAUCCUUUCCUCUCGGAGAAGAACGUGUCGAUGGAGGUGGAGCCGUCCCCCACGUCCCCGGCGCCUCUCAUCCAAGCUGAGCACAGCUACUCCCUGUGCGAGGAGCCUCGGGCCCAGUCACCGUUCACCCAUGUCACCACCAGUGACAGCUUCAAUGACGAUGAGGUGGAAAGUGAGAAAUGGUACCUGUCUACAGACUUCCCUUCAACAACCAUCAAGACAGAACCGAUUACAGAUGAGCCUCCCCCAGGACUUGUUCCCUCUGUCACUCUGACCAUUACAGCCAUCUCCACCCCUUUCGAGAAAGAAGAAUCUCCUCUGGAAAUGAAUACUGGGGUGGAUUCCUCAUGCCAGACCAUUAUUCCUAAAAUUAAGCUGGAGCCUCAUGAAGUGGAUCAGUUUCUGAACUUCUCUCCUAAAGAAGCCCCCGGGGACCACCUGCACUUACCGCCCACCCCUCCCAGCAGUCACGGCAGUGACUCAGAGGGCAGCCUGAGCCCCAACCCGCGCCUGCACCCCUUCGGCCUGCCUCAGACGCACAGCCCCGCCAGAGGCGCGCCCCGGGCCCCCUCCGCCCUCUCCAGCUCGCCCCUCCUCACGGCGCCCCACAAACUGCAGGGAUCAGGCCCACUGGUCCUGACCGAGGAGGAGAAGAGGACUCUGAUAGCUGAGGGCUACCCCAUCCCCACCAAACUGCCCCUAACAAAAUCAGAGGAGAAGGCCCUGAAGAAAAUCCGGAGGAAAAUCAAGAAUAAGAUUUCUGCCCAGGAAAGUAGGAGAAAGAAGAAAGAAUACAUGGACAGCUUGGAGAAAAAAGUGGAGUCUUGCUCAACUGAGAACUUGGAGCUUCGGAAGAAGGUGGAGGUUCUGGAGAACACCAAUAGAACCCUCCUCCAGCAGCUCCAGAAGCUACAGACUUUGGUGAUGGGCAAGGUUUCUCGUACCUGCAAGCUAGCUGGCACGCAGACUGGCACCUGCCUCAUGGUGAGUUCCCCAGAGGGACAGCACAGUCACUGCCCCUGGCCCAGGCGCCUGUCUCCAGUCUCAAGUGCUGUGCGGUUGGAGAAACCACACAGCUCACUCAACCUGAGCUGUUCCUCUGUAGGACACUCCAAUGAAGUGACCUGUGGGCGCCACCUGCUGGCCCAACCGAGAGGAGUCUUUCUCCCCAGCUGUCCAUGUGUUGCAGGUCUCAAGCUUUGCCCUGUGGAGUCUGGAAUCCACAGCUCCCCAUGUUCUCUCCUGCCACUCCAGGUUGUUGUGCUGUGCUUCGCCGUGGCAUUUGGCAGCUUCUUUCAGGGCUACGGGCCUUAUCCCUCUGCCACCAAGAUGGCUCUGCCCAGCCAGCAUUCCAUGCCGGAGCCGUACACAGCCUCCGUCGUGAGAUCCAGGAACCUGCUGAUCUACGAAGAACAUUCUCCCCCAGAGGAGCCAGCCGGCCCGUCCUCAGCUGGGGAGCUUGGGCCCUGGGAUAGAGGCUCUUCCCUGCUCAGGGUGUCAGGGCUGGAGUCCAGGCCGGAUGUGGAUCUUCCCCAUUUCAUUAUCUCGAAUGAGACCAGCCUGGAGAAGUCAGUGCUUUUGGAGCUGCAGCAGCACCUGGUCAGCGCCAAACUGGAGGGGAAUGAAACACUAAAAGUUGUAGAACUCGACAGAAGAGUGAACACCACCUUCUAAAGAGGUUCUCUGCCCCCCUUGCCCCAACUCUACUCUUACAUCCUCAAACCACCUUUGUCAUAAGCUUUUCCUCUUUGCCACUGGAUCUUGACGAAGACAUGGACUAGCGUUAGUGGCUUCAGAUGGGAGGCCAGCCUGGGAUUCCCCUGCAGUGAGAGAGCACCUUCCCCGCAGUCCGCCCCCUCCGUGCAGGCGGGAGCCCACGUCCCUCCCUUCCUUGAUCUUACUGCCAUAGGAAAUUAUUUUAGGGGUGGGGGUGGGACAAGCAGGCUUGUUUCCACCAGCAGUGCCAAAGAGAUGCUGCCUGAUGCGCACCUGUGAGGUGCACCCCCUCUUUGAAGAAGAAAUGACUCUUAUUCAAUCUAGACCCCAGACGCUAGCCACAGAAAUGCCACAACGAUGCCUGUCGGGAUUUGGCAAAGCACUGACUCAUGUCCUCCCUUGCUCACGGCGGGGUGUGCGGUGGGAACGCACCUGACGGCGGCCCUCCGGCCACUCUGCCCCCUGGGAGCCCUCGCCGGAUGGUCCCCCCACCGGCACUGGCAGGCGAGGGCUCCCCUUCAUGUUCUCAGGCCGCAAGUGCAAUGCCUGAAGCGAUCAGGCUUUUCUACUCCAGGCGAACCUGCCCCAUCUCGUUGCUUGUAGGACCUCCAUAACCUGGUCCCCACACACCCAUAGCUCCGCCUCCCCAGCUUCUCCUCCCCGUGUGUAAAUAGUAUUUAUUAGCUCGCCGAGGCUUCUCGCUAGCAGUCACACUGGAGAGAUUCCAGGCCUCCCUUCAUGCCAGCAAAGCCUUCUGCUGGCCUUUGAAGCUAGGAGGGCACCCUAGCAUCUGGGAUCCCCGAUCUUUCCAGAAAAUGUUUUGUUUCCUUUCUUUUCUUUUCUUUUUUUUCCUUUUUUACUGGAGGCUUGUAAAAUAAUUACUAUGGAGAAAUCCCCUGGGGCAUGUGUCUGCCUCUAGGACGAGCUCAGAGGGAGCUAGAGCAAUGCCUUGCUCGGUCCGUGGCUCUGUGGCCAAAUGCUUUCUCUAUCCUGUUUCCACGGCAGAGAAGUGAAGCCCUGUCCCUGACGACAGGCAUGUUGGACAAUGACAUGCAUGUCAGACGACCUUGCUGGCUUGUCUUUCCACACCUGCCCGGCCUCCUCCUCCCUCUGCACUUCCACUCUGUCCCUCUCUUCCCUGGCCUCAACAUGGGGCCAAGUAGGUGACAUUUGUGUGUCCACAUUCUGACCUUUUAUAGUCAUGUUUGGCUACUUUGCAGCUCACCCAAAGAAAUACAACCUAACCCCCAACCUACCUUUAUUUUUUUUUUAAUGAUUAAAAGUAACUUUUGUAGUUUAAAACAAUCUUUCCUCUUUCUUACAAAUUA